CUUUUCUUGUCUUCCUUGUUUUGCUCACACUCUGAUAGCAUGUCCCUGCCAUGUGGUUGACUGUCCCUCUCUGUGGCCUCCGCAGUAGGUACUCUACGUGGAAAGGGAGAUGCAAUUGAGCUGGCCUGGGCAUCCUCUCCUUUGGGGCUUUUGGUUGGCACGCCGUCACUUCAGCUCGCUUGAAACAGAUGGAAGUCGCUCCUAAAACCAUCAAAGAAGAAGAAAAGUGCCACCAAACACCACCGAGACAAGAAUGGUGGAUUUUCUUUGCAACUGCAAAUAUGAGUGAAGACACACCCCUUCGCGACAGACUCGAAGCCAGACACUUGGACAUCUGCUGCAAAGUGGCCAUCGAUGGACGAGACCAGGGGGCCACUCGACUACAGAAGAUUUUCUCAAAUGAAAAAAUUUGACUCACCGUCACUGUGAGUCUGACAGAAAGAGGGUCUUCCUCUGACUCAAAACUAUUUCCACGAGCGGAUUCACUCCUACAAUGCGUUUCGCCACUUUCCACAAAGCAUGGGCGCACAGGAAGACAGGACGAUGGGAACGGCACCACUUCAUUGGAACGCCGAUAUCUGUGCGUGAUCUCAUCCGGUGUCAGUCAGUCUGGAAGUGUUUUUGUGGGACAAUAGAAUUAACCGGAAACAGGAAUGGGGUGAAUAUGGUGACUUCAUAUGCUGUAUGACAUCCUUGGGAAUGCAACGGCUUGGGUCACUCAAGAAAUGGAUUGUGAUCAUCACAUUAUGGAGUGGUCAACCUUCUGCUCAAACGGGCGAGAUCGGUGAAUAUAUGGACCAAUGCAGUGACUUUGACUUCAACAUAGAUGACUGCGAGAAGUUUGAGAUUUCCGAGAACAGCGUGAACAAGGGAACUGAGCAGAUCAGGCCUGAGUGCUUUGAGCUGCUGAAGGUUCUGGGAAAGGGGGGCUACGGAAAGGUUUUUCAGGUUCGGAAGGUAUCAGGUGCCACCUCCGGGAAGAUAUUUGCAAUGAAAGUUUUGAAAAAGGCCAUGAUUGUUCGCAACGCAAAGGACACAGCGCACACCAAAGCCGAGAGGAACAUUCUGGAAGAAGUGAAGCAUCCUUUCAUAGUGGAUCUUAUAUAUGCCUUCCAGACAGGAGGAAAGUUGUACCUCAUCCUGGAGUAUCUCAGCGGUGGGGAGCUUUUUAUGCAACUGGAGAGAGAAGGCAUCUUUAUGGAAGACACAGCCUGUUUUUACUUGGCUGAAAUUUCAAUGGCACUGGGUCACUUGCACCAGAAAGGCAUCAUCUACAGAGACCUGAAGCCUGAAAACAUCAUGCUCAACAACAACGGGCAUGUGAAGUUGACGGACUUUGGCCUGUGUAAAGAGUCCAUCCACGAUGGGACGGUCACCCACACCUUCUGCGGUACCAUCGAGUACAUGUGCGUCUUGAGCAUCUCACCAUGCAGGCUAAGGACCAAGCGGGCUCCAGAGAUCCUCAUGAGGAGCGGACAUAACAGGGCAGUGGACUGGUGGAGCCUGGGGGCUCUCAUGUACGACAUGCUGACAGGAGCACCUCCUUUCACUGGCGAAAAUCGUAAGAAGACCAUCGACAAAAUUCUAAAAUGCAAACUCAGCCUUCCACCUUACCUCACUCAAGAAGCCAGGGACCUCCUCAAAAAGCUUUUAAAGCGAAGUGCCUCGGUGCGACUUGGGGCAGGCCCAAAUGACGCUGCGGAGGUCCAGGCACACCCUUUCUUCCGCCAUACCAACUGGGAGGAGCUCCUAGCACGCCGAGUGGAGCCUCCAUUCAAACCUUUCCUGCAAUCGGCCGAUGACGUCAGCCAGUUUGACUCCAAGUUCACCAGCCAGCCUCCGGUGGACAGCCCGGACGACUCCAUGCUCAGCGAGAGCGCCAAUCAAGUCUUCCUGGGUUUCACAUAUGUGGCUCCGUCGGUCCUGGAAAACGUCAAGGAGAAGUUCUCGUUCGAGCCAAAGGUCCGCUCGCCUCGCAAGUUCCCCGGAAGCCCGAGGACGCCUGUGAGCCCGGUGAAGUUCGCACGGGGCGACUGUUGGCCACGGGGACCCUCCGCGGAACAACCCAUGGAGGUGUCCACAAUGGAGCAAAUGGACACGAGCAGCAGCAGCAGCGGCGCAUCGGAAGCCUCGGCAGCCUCGGCGCCGCUUCCCAUCAGGCGGCUGUCCAGCACGAGCGCGCCGCUCUACAAAAAACAAGCCUACCCGAUGAACUCCAAACGACCGGAACACCUCCGGAUGAACCUAUGACGCUCAGACACUUCCUUUUGCUUCUUGUCCUCUUGGACAAAUAAUUGGGCCGUCACUGUUAACGUCAUCACCAGCUCUUCCGUCUCUUGGUCUCUCUCCAAAAUCUUCAGCGGUGCUUUUGGGGAGAGUCACCGACCGCUUUGCUUAUUGGCCGUUGGUUUGGUUUCACGGUGCUCUUCUUUCCUCAACUUCGGACUGUUUUGCUAUCCACAAUGAACAUGGGGUGAAAAAAGUCACACUGUUCACCUUUCACUUUGUGUUGAAUGUAAAAAGACUCUAAAAGUAUGAAAUGCCGUAGAGGCCAAAAAUAACAUUUACCUCUCACAUAAACCCCAAAAAACUCAGAAAAAACUGCAGCAUUCCAAAAAAAAAUCACACUCACCAAAAAUCUCUCAUGAACACCACAAAACCUCUCAUUCUCCUGAAGAAAACUCAUAUAAAACCAAGAAACCUCUCACACUAACCAAAACUAUUUUCAUACAUUAAACCUUAGUCACACCAAAACCCUCUCACAUUCACACAAAAAAAACCCACCAAAAUAACUAAAAAAGCUUAGUCACACCAAAAACCCUCUCACAUUCGCUAAAAAAAAAAAACUCAUACGCACUAAAAUUCUCUCUCUCACACACACAAAAAAAAUCGGGAAAGGACUUUUGGUGAAUAAGACAUAACUUUUAUGAUGUUUGAGUUUUGGGGGAAUUUUUGGGCACGUGUGAGAGGUUUUUUGGUGUGAGUGAGAGGUACAGUGGCGUAAGAAAGUGUUUGCCCCCUUCCUGAUAUCUGAUUUCUCACACAUUAAAGGUUUCCCAUCACCAAACAGAUUAAACUAUUAGUCAACGACAACACGAGUAAACACAAAAAGCAGGAAAGGGGCAUUCACCUUUUUAUUUUGGUGAGGGUGAGAGGUUUUCUGGAGUGUGCAAGAGCAUUUUUGAUAUGUGAGGUUUUUUUUGGGUGCACAUGACAGGUAUUUUGAUGAGUGUGAGAGGAAACUUACUAUUGACCUACAGUAUUUGGCACCUCAAAUUAAAGCCUUUACAUUUCUACAUUGAAUGUUGAAUGUCAGUUCAGAAUGACAUGAAUCUUGAGUCUUUGUGGACUCAAACCAACAUUAAUACUCGGUUGAGUGUAAAACCUUUAACUGCUGCUGUACGAGCCUCUGGAUUGAAGCCACUGAAUGCGUUUUAUUUUAUUUUUUGUGACGCUUAUUAAUGAGUUUUUGAACGGCUCGAAUCAUGUCCUCUGAAACGUGGGAACCAAAAUCUCUUGUUUCAGUGAACCAAAUGCUUUAUACUUUCUCUAAAAGGUUUCAAACGAUGGAUCGGUGUUAAAUUUUCUUCCAUCAGCAUUGUUAAAGCAUCAACUUUUAAUUUGUUCGCGUGCUCAUUUUAGGGCCAUUGGCUCACACUAUGCAAACUACUUUGUAUUUAUUGUCUCGUCUUAUACAGACAGCAUUAGAGUAAUUUCAAAAGAAACUGUAAUGAUAUACAUGCUCAUUAUGAUUUUAUUCACACAAAAUUGGUCAAACAGCACCGAGAAAUGCAGCUUUUUCUUUUUAUAGUCAGCGGCUCACAUCUUCCAGUAUUUAACUUUGUGUGGCAUUCUAUUCUCUAUUUUUUUUUUUUUAUUAUUUUAUUUUCAAGUAUAUAAUGUAUAUUACUGUUCUCACCUGAAACUUGAACUUUUUGCUAUGCUGGAAGAAACGAGCAGCAUACAAAAGCAGUGUGGAUGAAACCGUGUGCGUGCGCGCGCUUGUUUUUAGUUGCAUUUACUAGUUAGCGAUUGAUGUGAAGUGAUUUUGUUUUUUUUAUUUUUGGUUCAGGAUCACUAGUAUCUGAUUACAUGCAAUGUCCAAAAAUGUAAGCCUCCAUGGAGAUGUUUGGCAAACUAUCCUCUAUGUUGAGAAUUGCUUUUAAUCACUGUUGGGCAGUGAGAAGAAAUGAGUCUGUAAAGUUAGUGAAUGUUACAUCUGCUUCUGAUGUUUUUUUUAAAUUUUUUUUAAGUAUGUUAGCUUGUCAAUAAUAAUGAAAUGUCA